AUGGUUAUUCUUAGCUACAAGAAACUUGUUUCGGUAUUGGCAAUUCUGUUUGGAUGUAUGGCACAGCCUAUUUUGGGUCAGACGAACUUUGGCUCUGUAGCCAAUUAUGUGACACCAGCGUUCUUUAACAAUAUAAUCGGUCAAGCUGGUUCAGGCUGUCCUGGGAAAAAAUUCUAUUACCACAGUGCUUUUCUUGAGGCUGGAAAUUAUUACCCUACAUUCGGUAAAACAGGAACUCUUGAAGAUUCUAAACGUGAAAUUGCUGCUUUCUUUGCUCAUGUAACUCAUGAAACAGGACAUUUCUGUUACGUAAGAGAAAUAGCUCGAGGAAAAUAUUGUCAGCUCAGCACACAAUACCCAUGUGCCCCAGGAAAGAAUUAUUAUGGACGAGGACCAAUUCAACUUACAUGGAAUUAUAAUUAUGGAGCGUGUAGUAAGAGCAUUGGCGUGAAUCUUUUAAAGAAUCCAGACCUCGUAGCUACCAAUGCAAUCAUUUCAUUCAAGGCUGCUAUUUGGUUUUGGAUGAAUAAUGUGCAUUCAGUUAUAAUUUCGGGUGGAGGUUUCGGUCGUACAAUCCGUAAAGUCAAUGGUGGUGAAUGCGGUGGCGGAAAUCGGCCAGCAGUUCGUGCCAGGGUGAAGUAUUACAAAGCAUACUGUAAGCAGCUCGGUAUAACGCCUGGGCCAAAUCUUUAUUGCUAG